UUUCUUUGUCCUCCUCUUGUCCCACCUGAUCCCCCUGACCCUUCAUCCCUCCUUUUAUCCCAAUUCCCACCCCUUUCCCCUCCAGUUACCCAAAAAUCUCAGUCCUCACCUCAAAUUGCCCAUGUCAUGGUGCCUGAGGAAGUGUCUGUUGCUGAGAUCCCUACUGCUACUACUGUUGUUGAGAUCCCUACCGUUACUACUGAGAUCGAGAUGCCUCAGUCUGAAACUGCCUCCCCUGAGGCUUCAAAACCUAGUAUUGCAAAAACUAGAUCUGAAACUACUGUUCCAGAAAAGUUCACUAUUCUGGUUCCAAAAUCUACUUCUCCUCUCCAAACUAACACGGCUCUAAAUAUUCCUCACCCUCCCCAGGCUGCUGCAAUUCAUCCUCCAUCCUCUGCUCAAACUACUUCAGCUACAAGUUUGCCCCAGACUGCUGCUCGACCAAGCGCACCCCAACCUCCAUCUGAGCCCCACACAAAUAUAAGUCAAACUACAGUCCCUCCGAGUUUGGUUGAAAGGAUACGAGUGUUUGAAGAUCGGUCUCUACGACGUCUUGCCCCUGUUACCAUAUCUGAAACUGGUCGGCCACGGGUUCUCAUCCCUGAUGAAGUGUUUCAGCGUGGAGAAGAGUUACACAAGGAUUUCAUCGUGUGCUAUUUUAAUGGUCGUCCCCCUCCUUAUAGCCAAAUUCAAAGCGUGCUCAACCAUUUGUGGGGAAAAGGCGGAAAGCUUGAGAUUCAUAACAACCUUAUCAGCAGGAACAUGAUUGUUAGAAUUCCGAGUGACUAUCUUAGGAAGAAGAUCCUGGAAAAGGGCUUUUGGUAUGUGAGGGACUCUAUGUUUCAUACAGCCCAAUGGUCCUCUGCUCAUUCUGCUGAGUCUCCUCCUCUAGAUGCGAUACAGAUUUGGGCUCAUCUCACGGGAAUUUCUCUUAAUCUGCGUCACCAAAAAGGUCUAAGUCUGGUUGCUGGCUUAGUGGGUGAACCAGUUGAAACUGAUGAAUUUACUAAGAAUCUUGUCAGCCAUACUUUGUCUCAUGUGAAAGUGGAAGUGAACCUAACUAAGGAACUACCUAGGGUGGUUGAGUUCCAACGUCAGAGUGGUGAAGUUGUGGAAGUGCUGGUUGAUUAUCCGUGGUUGCCUCCUACUUGUUCUCAUUGCAAAGAGCUUGGCCAUAUAGUCCGAAAUUGCUUGAAAGUCCCUCUUCCUCCAAGAACGACAAAUGCAACUCCUAAGGCUCAAGUUGCUAGGGGAGCAAAGAAAAAGAAUGUAAGCUCUGAUCAGGACACUGUGUUUCAACAAGCCCAUGAUCUCCCUAACAAUAAAAAAAACAAAGAGGCGGCCUCUACCUCUUCUACUCCUGAUGUGGUUUCAAAUUCAGAAAAUCAUCCCCCAGUUACUCCUGUUUCUCAUUCGGCUAUACUCACUGCCAGGAUCCCAUUUCCUCGUUCCUCAUCCUUGCCUUCUUUAGUCCUUACGACUGUCCCUGUUGUAAUUGCGCUUCCAGCAACUAUUACUCCCACGGGAGAGCCUUAUCCUUAUAGUCCUCCUGAAAAUGAAAAAAAAGCCACCUUAAAGAGAUCUCGUUCCAACCCUUCCUUAAACACUUCCCUUUCUCUAAAUUCCCACCGUCUAGUGUCUAAGCUCUGCCAUGGUUGGAGUUUUACCUCUAAUCAUUCGUCGGAUGAGAAUGGCCGAAUAAUUUUGAUUUGGAGGGAUCCGGCAAAGGUUCGCAUUCUCCAUCAGUCCCGUCAAACUCUCACCUGUGAAAUGGGAUUAUUUGAUUUUGAGGUUUCAAGGCCUAUUCUUUACGUGGACCAAUUGCUCCUUGUAAACUGUCAUGCGUUGUCAAUGUUCCCCAACAGCACAGCCACCUUCCUGCCUCUCCUAACCUCUGACCAUAGCCCUUGUCUUGUUGACCUUGCCCAUCAGUUACCUAAAGCUGGAACCCGUCCUUUCAAAUUCUAUAACUACCUUACAAAGCACCCAAACUUUCACCAUCUGUUGCAAGAGGCUUGGUUUCAGGCCGGAAGUUUUGGUUUCACCCUCACUAUCCUGUGUUGGAAACAAAAGACUAUAAAGAGGGCACUAAAAGAGCUAAAUAGAGAAAAUUUUUCACAAAUACAAGUGAGAGUUUGUGAGGCUUACAGUUUGUUACAAGUUGUGCAGUCCAUUCUUGCUCCUGAUAUCCUUCCUUCAAUGUCUAUCUCAUCUCCUCCUGAUUGGUUUCAGUCUCUCUCGUCGUUCAGGGCAUGCUGCCUAAAGCUUAUCUGGCUUAUCUUUUUUCAAUCAGGUUCAAUGUGGGUCGCCUGGUACAAGAGUGUGGUCCUGAAAGGUUCUCUGAAUAAUUUCUGGACUGCUAAACCUCAUAGAAAGCAUUCAUGGCUAGCAAACAAACUCCUCAAGGUUAGGGAAGACAUGUUCCCAUGGAUAAAGCUGAGAUUGGGAAACGGAAACAACUGCAGAUUCUGGUCGGAUAACUGGUCUCCUUUUGGGAGUAUUAAAAGUUUCAUCCAUUCCCGACGAGGGAUCCCGGAAAAUGCCAUUCUCUCGAGUCUUCACCAUCAGGGCCAAUGGAUGCUUCCAUCUGCACGUUCCGAGAGCGAGGUCAGUCUGCAAGCUUAUCUAACUACAAUUGAUUUAACGGCGGAAGAUGACUACUAUGAGUGGAUAAUUGACGAUCAAGUGAGCGAAAAGGAUCAAAUUUUAGGAUGGGGUCUCCAGACAGAUGCAAAUUGCUUGUUAUGCAACUCUUGUGAUGAAAGUAUGAAGCAUAUCCUCUUUGAUUGUGCUUUUAGUUGGGACAUUUGGAUGGAGGUGGAAAGACGGAGCAAUCUUCAAGCUUGUAGAGUUUGGGGGGACUCAAUCUUGCAGAUGCAAUCCUUGUGGGGAGGAAAGCACGCAAAUCGAUUAACUCUUCUGGGAUGGCAGGCAACGAUAUAUUGGAUAUGGGCAGAACGAAAUGCAAGGCUACAUCAACAAAAUUUCCGGUCGACUGAAACUCUGAUUACUCUCAUUGACAGGCAAAUUAGAAAUAAAAUUGCAAGCUUCAGAGAAAAAAAUCCAGCUGCUGCAAUAAUGGCGCUCGACGGAGAUCUC